AUGGCAGGCCUCGGGAGAAACCCAGAACAGCUUCCAAUCGUAAUGGCGUGUGGGUGUGGCCCCCGUACAUGGCUUUUGAGGGGGCCCCUCCCGGACGCCCGCGCCCCUUGCCAGCACCCAAGGGCUCCAGGCUGCCUGACCAGAGACACCGCGAGGCAGCCCACGCUCAACCAGGUCGAUGUGGAUCGCAAUGGGCGUGGCUCAGACCAGUGCUCCCACUUCACCUCAGGUCGUUGCACUCUGCCCUCUGCUGGGAGCUUACAGGAUAACAAAGGGGCCUAA